AUGUCGCUCGAGCCUCCUGUCCACCUUGUUGGCGUAUUGUACGCGUCCAAGCAUCACAUGCAAAAAGCCUUCAACGCCUUUGCUGCUGAACAAGGCUAUGCCAUCGUGACCAAGCAUUCCUACAAACACCGGAAGGGGAGGCAGAAAGUGCAUUACAAGUGCGAUCGCGGCGGAACGUAUCGGAGUACUCGUCGUUUAGAAGCAGGAAGCCGGCAGAGAAAAUCCAAAAGCGCUUGUACGGGCUGUGGGUUCAAACUGCUCGGCACGGAACAUCCAGGUAAAACGGAACAUGGCCGAUGGAGUUUUACAAUCGAGCAGGGGGGACAUAAUCAUGCACCUUCUGCCCAUCCAACGGACCAUGCGAUUCACAUGCGUCUGAGUGAGAAACAAAUGACAACAGUGAAGAACUUGAUUGAAUCUGGAGUGCGAGUCCGGGACAUUCAGACCUACUUGAAGUCGAUGGAUGAUGGGAUUGAAGUGACCAAGCGCAAGAUCUACAAUAUUCUACGCCAGUCAAAAUGCGAGCAGCUGGAUAGGCUCACCCUACCAGACGUUCCUGUCUCGCAGCAGCAGAGAAAUGGCGAAGAAGAAAACGAUCGGGAAACUAUCACUCGACAGACUCUAGAGGUUAUGCCGGAACCGGAACCGGCACGAAGACGUUCCUUGACUUCUAUGUCGGAAACCAUUUCCAGUCGCCGCGAUCCUAUGACGCUUGAAUACGUGGAAGCUCCUUUAAUGGGACAUCGUCCAUCUAUUUGCCAUGCUUGCGGCCAGCUGGUCCCUCGUCGUGACUCGUCGCUUCGCACUCUUGCAAGGCAGCCAGCUAACAAGGAUGUGAUGCAACAAUACCAGCGGUUUCAGCACCAGUAG